UUGAAUUCAAACACAAAACAUCUUCCGAUUUAGACACUGGCAAGUGAUAAUUUUUUCAGAAUGCAAACUUGAAAAGUUACCAGCUUUUUCACAUUUCGGAGACGAACGCUCGCCUGUGUUCUGCGAGAUAAUCAGCUAAAAGGUGUGUUGCGUGUGUCAGUGAUAGUACACAGUACAACUUGUGAUUCUACUGAGAACUACGAGAGAAGUGGCUUUCAGUGAAAAUGCUGAAGUGAUGGUGUGAAAACGAGCUGCUGGAGCGCAGAGUUUGUACAAAGAAAGUCAACAAAACGUGACGUUUUUGCUGUUAACUAGUACCUUUGGCUAUUUUUCGUUUGCAGCGCAGACGACAAAUAUGACAUUGAAUGAGAGACGUUUUCCAGUAUCCAGGAAAAUGGGAGAAGUGGCCACAAGAGCUCGUGUAGAAAUUAUCUGAGACUCGAGUGAUAAUCGCGGGUGGGUUGAUAAGAAGCUGGUGAAGUUGAGGAGAAACAUUUGUAAUAAGCUAUUCGCGACAUUCUGAUAACAUUCCGUCAAUCCUCGCGAGUGUGGAAGCCUGUGAUCGAUGCCAGAGGAGCUGAUUUUUGGCUAACUUUACUACACAUCAUGGCUGAUUACAUCAAAUUGUUCGAUGAUGAGUCCUCAAUACCAAUUGUUGUUUCUGAUGACCGCUCUCCAGACGAUGUACCACUUCUCAACGAAAAUGGAAAAGACCAUCACGGACAGCAGGGCAGCAGAUGUUUCUACGGCCAAAAAGGAUUUCGGCAUCCAACAGCGGAUUUGCAGAGUAUUAAAGCUCAAAAGCAACUACUCAUAGCAACAGUCAUCUGCACAAUCUUCAUGAUUGCAGAACUCAUUGGUGGGUACCUGGCGGGGAGCCUUGCUGUGAUUACAGAUGCUGCUCAUCUGCUCUCCGACUGCAUUAGCUUCAUUGUGGCUCUCUGCGCAAUCUGGCUGGCCAAGCGACCCGCCGAUGAGCACAUGUCCUUUGGCUACAAGAGAGUCGAAGUGGCUGGAGCAGUUGUAUCAAUUCUCGGCAUCUGGGCGCUCACUGGCGUGCUCAUCUACCUCGCCAUCUUGCGCACCAUCAACUGGGACUUUGACAUCGAUGCCAACACCAUGAUCAUCAUUUCCUCCGUGGGAGUUGCCUUCAAUGUUGCAAUGGCGAUAGUGCUGCACGGAUCUUGCUCCAGUGUCCUUCAUGCCCACUCCCACACUCACGACAGCUGUGAUAGCGACCACACCAAAAAGACUCUGGCGGAAGCGCCGAGAGCCCGGCUCGACGUCGCCCUGCCCAAUCCCCUAAGUCUGCACAGUAGUUCUUUCAUGACGACGCACAGUCGCCACAACUCUUUCAGCAAGGCCAGUGGGUGCAACGGAGCCGCCGUUCUGGACGACGUAAUAGACAUGCAAGCCACAGAGAUCCGGAGAGAGAGUUUCGAUGUUGCGCUGGGAAGGUCCUCCUCGGAUGGUAGGACAUUUUCGCACAAUUGCCACCCAACCGAAGACUACGCAGUCCUGGAGCUCAAUGGUUCCGCUCAGAGAUUCAAUGAGGAAAUUGAUCUGACUAUUCAGCAACAGGAAGGCUUCAACAGAAGCAAUAAAUCUAACAAAAAUAUCAACGUUCGAGCAGCAAUGAUCCACAUUAUCGGGGAUUUUAUUCAAAGCAUAGGAGUCUUGAUAGCGGCAAUUAUCAUAAAGAUUUUCCCCAGUGCAAAAGUCGCCGACCCUAUUUGCACCUUCAUCUUUUCGAUCAUCGUCAUGUUCACCACUUUUCACAUCAUAAAAGACGCAGUAUUAGUUCUUCUGGAUGCUGUUCCCAAAAACCUCAACCUUACGAGGCUUGAGCGUGAAAUUUACUGCAUUGAUGGGGUCAAGUCAGUGCAUCAUUUGAAUGUCUGGAGCCUCAGCACGGAUUUGCAUGUGAUGUCUGUACACUUGAUCAUAGAUCAUCAAGCGAAGAGUGAUAAAGUUCUAAAAUCAGUCACUUCGCUCGCGCGAGAUUCCUUCAAUAUUCAGCACGUUACUUGCCAGAUUGAGAGGUGUCCAGGCAUCAUCGACUCAAAGCCACACAAUCUCACAGAAAAUGGACCUGAUGUGACCUUAUAGUAUUGAAAUACCUCAGUCUUCCUUGUGUGUGUUUUAUUAUACAGUAUGCUUUAAACAAUAGACAUGAGAUUCUUUGCAA